AGUUUCUCAUUGCAGGGUGAGAGCUCUGAGUUCCGGUGUAAGAGAAAAGAGACGUGGCGAAAUUGCUGUAUAUCUCUGCCCUAUAAGCACAUCUCUCAUUUAGGCUGAAAGGAAGCAAGGCAACAAAAAGGCUGCGCAAACCAUGCAGGAUGAUUUACUGAUGGACAAAAGCAAAGCCCAGCCCCAGCAGCAGCAGCGGCAGCAACAGCAGCAAGAUCCAAACUCUGCAGAAGCCCCAUCUACACCCAUCUCAUCGGAGACACCCAAACCAGAAGACAACAGUUCAGUGACUAGUAUCGGCACAUCAGCUCCUUCCCAAAAUAGCAAGGAGAAGAUGCAGAUGGAGUCUCCCAUUUUGCCUGGCUUGAGCUUUCACCAGCCUCAACAAGAACCUGCAGCCGGCACCUCCUUGUCUCCCUCCUUUGGCAGCACCUGGUCUACAGGGACCACAAACACGGUGGAUGAUAGCUUUUUCCAAGGGAUUACUCCAGUCAAUGGGACAAUGCUUUUCCAGAAUUUUCCACAUCAUGUCAACCCUGUAUUUGGUGGCACUUUCUCACCUCAAAUUGGCCUAGCUCAGACUCAACACCACCAACAGCAGCAGCAGCAGCAGCAAGCUCAGCAGCAGCAGCGGAGGUCACCUGUAAGCCCUAAUCAGGCACCUUUUGCCCAGAGAAAUGCUGCUUACAGCCAUCAGCCCAUCAUGACCAGCAAGCCGUCUUCCUCCUCUGCCUCCUCUUCUUCUUCCUCCAGCUGGAAUAACCAUCAAAAUGCAGCUUGGAGUACACCUUCCAACCCUUGGGGUGGAUUGCAGGCUGGCAGGGACCCUCGAAGGGCAGUUGGAGUGGGGGUUGGCGUGGGAGUGGGGGUCGGUGUACCCUCACCCCUCAAUCCCAUUUCACCCCUUAAAAAACCAUUUUCCAGCAAUGUUAUUGCCCCUCCAAAGUUUGCACGGGCUGCACCCUUAACCCCCAAGUCCUGGAUGGAAGACAACGCAUUCAGGACGGACAAUGGCAACAAUCUGUUGCCUUUUCAGGACCGGAAUAGGCCCUAUGACACUUUUAACUUGCACUCUUUGGAAAAUUCCUUAAUGGAUAUGAUAAGGACUGAUCAUGAGCCUCUGAAAGGUAAACACUACCCUCCCAGUGGCCCACCAAUGAGUUUCGCUGAUAUAAUGUGGAGGAAUCAUUUUACAGGGCGUAUGGGAAUAAACUUUCAUCAUCCAGGAACAGACAAUAUCAUGGCUCUUAAUAGUCGGUCUUCACUCUUUCCAUUUGAAGAUGGCUUCCUAGAUGAUGGCCAUGGGGAUCAGUCUUUAUCAUCGGGUCUCAGCUCUCCAACGCGCUGUCAGAAUGGUGAAAGAGUGGAACGUUACUCUAGAAAGGUGUUUGUUGGAGGUCUUCCUCCUGACAUUGAUGAAGAUGAGAUCACUGCCAGCUUUCGUAGAUUUGGACCUCUUGUGGUGGACUGGCCUCAUAAAGCUGAAAGCAAGUCAUAUUUUCCACCUAAAGGUUAUGCCUUUCUGCUGUUCCAGGAAGAAAGCUCUGUACAAGCUCUGAUAGAUGCCUGUCUGGAAGAAGAUGGGAAACUUUACCUGUGUGUGUCAAGUCCCACAAUCAAGGAUAAACCAGUGCAAAUUCGACCUUGGAACCUAAGUGACAGUGACUUUGUGAUGGAUGGGUCUCAGCCUUUGGAUCCAAGAAAAACUAUCUUUGUUGGAGGAGUUCCACGGCCCCUCCGAGCUGUUGAAUUGGCAAUGAUCAUGGAUCGUUUAUAUGGAGGUGUCUGCUAUGCUGGUAUUGAUACAGACCCAGAGCUGAAGUAUCCAAAAGGUGCUGGCAGAGUGGCUUUCUCCAACCAGCAAAGCUAUAUUGCUGCUAUCAGUGCUCGCUUUGUCCAGCUCCAACAUAAUGACAUUGAUAAACGGGUGGAAGUGAAGCCAUAUGUGCUGGAUGAUCAGAUGUGUGACGAAUGCCAGGGCACUCGCUGUGGUGGAAAAUUUGCUCCAUUCUUUUGUGCCAAUGUUACCUGUUUGCAGUAUUACUGUGAAUACUGCUGGGCAAGCAUACACUCUCGUGCUGGGCGAGAGUUCCACAAACCACUGGUAAAGGAGGGAGGUGACCGGCCCCGCCACGUCCCAUUCCGCUGGAGCUGAACCCCAGGCCUCACCCAGCAGCAAGUACUGGAGUAGAUAAAAUUGAGUGAAAAGAGAGUGCUGCCUCAGGGCUUAGUGUUCUGGAAAUCUGUGCAUUCGUCCUCGACUUUAAUGAAGAUAUGGGUCUUUUUAUUAUUAUUGUUAUUAUUUACAGUCACAUUACUGAACCCAGUGUCCAGUAUAAUACAAACCGGCAGAGUGUAACUGUACUGAUUUUGCACUUUGAUUCACACAAACAUCUGCUUGGUACCUUAAUUUCCUACACAAGACUUGUCACUAGUGACAUUAUGUAGACUGCCAUUCUCAUCAGCCUUCACUGGGUUGAUGUGUAUAUGAUGAAGAUUUUUUUAUUAUAAUUAUUAUUUUUAUUUAAACUGGAGCAUGCACUUAUUUUCAGAAAUUUAGACUUGCCCCUAGCAGAUGACUUACCAAAGGUAAUAUUCACAAGUAGGUGGCAGAUGUAGCAAAAACUUAAACAGAUACUCAGCAAUCAUUAGUUUGGGUCACUUAGAGUAAUAAUAACCCUUAAAGAAAAUAAGCCUUUAGUUGCUCUCCAUUUCGACUUGUAAGGAUGAUACCUCAUAAGCUGGAUCAGACUUUUUUCUUUUGUUUUGCUGAGGGGUUUUUGUUUGUUUGUUUUGUUUUGUUAGGUCCUUUAGUGUUAUGUAAAUGUAUGCUGCAAUAGCUUUUGCUGCUAUUAAAAUGGUAUUACUAAUACCAUAAUACUCUAUUCAGGCUAGGGUAUCAAUUAAAAAAUGAAUAUGUGAUUAAAAUAGUGAUGGCUGCUGAAAGGAGAUCAGUAUAGCAUACAGAAAAGCUUCCAAGGAAGGUCAAUAUUUUUUGACUGCAUGUUUACUUAAUCAGGUUGCUGCAUGCAAUAAAUUUUAUAUAUGUCUAAUAUAAAACUUGCCCACGAUGCACAAAUUAUGAAUCUAUGUAGGCUAAAAAACACUCAGUAACAAAGAAAUUGAUUACUGACUGGAGGAAGGCAUGCCUCAGUAAAUGUAAUGCUUCUGAAAUUAGGAUCAGCCCAUUACAGAAUGACUUAUAUUACAACAAAUAUAAAAAUCUAGCUGUAGAAUAUUCUUAAAACAAAUUUGUGGAUAGUAGAUGAAGUACUUUGCGGUGCUCUGUUAUAUAUCGUGCAAUUUAUUUUAUAUAGUAAAGUGAUUAUGUCUAGUACUGUGAUCAAACUUAACUGUUAAAGCCUCUGUAUCCAACAUUAACAUAUUUUUGACAGUUCAUAACAGGUACAUAAACAGAAAUGAGCUCUUAGUAACAAUCUCUCUCCUAAUGCUUGCAUCAUUUACGUAGCUGCAGACCUUGCCCAGAAAACCAAAGAGCUCAUGCUAGAGUACAUACACUACCAAUUAGAUAGUCUGUCAAGCUAACAAAGUAGGCACAUUUAAGAAAGUUAGGAAAAAAAGUGGUGCUAAAGAAAUGUCUGCAUAUAACAGUAACAUCAGAUGUCUGCUCUGUGGGUGUGGCGUUAUCUCUCUAAUCCCUGGAUGUAUCCUGUGAAGCUUGAAUACAAUUAAGACCUGCUAACACAGUGGACAUUUUUUUAGCAUGAACUAUGGGGCUGCAGAUAGAAUAUCAAUAUAAACACACUUGGUAUACUAAUAAUUGUGAGAAUGUGUACACUAUUUUUUCUUUUUCCUCCUUUGUUUUUGCAGUUCUGGGGACAAUCUGACUGGAUAUGACACCGCAUAGUAGAUUUAAAUGUUCUGGGUUUUCUUUGUUGUGAUGUCUUUGGUUGUGUCUAAUUUAGUAAGUUGCUUUUCCCAAUGUUUAGUUGCAAGUAUUGGCUUUGAAAGGAUUUUUUCUGUUUUUGGAAAAAAAACAAAAAAAAAAAAGAAAAAAUAAGAAAAAAUAGUUUUUUACUGGUUUAAAAUGCUUAUUAUAAUUAUCACUUUUGAAGUUACUUCUGGGUGUUUUUGUGAUAUUGCUUUUCCCAGCCCAGGUGUCUUUUCUGUUUUUUUUCAUCUGUACAAGACAUUUUGUUAUGCACUACUUUUUGUAUCUAGACAGUUUUCAACAGUCGGCUGAUGAUUUUUUUUAAAGAAAAAGGCAUGCUUUCUGACUGACAUGAUCUUUUGCAAUACCUCAAUUUUGAAAUAUAGGAAAGAAAAUGAUAUUUUCUAAGUAAGUUUAUUCAGAAAAAUAUAUAUUAAUUUAAUUCUGCAAGAAAAAUGAUUUAACAGAUGGGUAACUUUAUUUUUUUCAUGCUUAUUUGAGUUUUUUUGAAAAUGAAGAAGUUAGAGCUUUAUAACUGUAAUAUUAAAGAUCAUAGCUAACCUACAGAAAUCUACCUAAUUAUGUGAAAGAAGUAAACCUUUUUGAAGAAAUACCCCUCUUUCAUGUCAAAAAAAUACCCCGAAAGAGAGAGCGAGAGAGAGAAGCUGGAAAAUGAACAAUAUAGCAUAAUGUUGGAUUAAAUCUAAACUAAAAUCAUCAUAAAGAACAGGUGUAAACACAAAGUCCAUUUGGUGCUGAAAGUUGUGAAUAGAAGGUGAAAAACUAUUUUCCCUUAAUUUGUAUAUUUAUAAUCAAGUGUGAUUACGCACGACUGACCAGAAUUGUGAGAGUUCUUCUGUUUGUAUUUUUUUUUAAAGAGAACUUUUUUUAGUUUAUUAAAUUAUAACAUGCUCCCUUUUGUUUUGUAAAUGAAUGUGCCCCUGAGUUGUUAAUAUGUUAUAUUAAAAGAGGGUCCUUCAAAAAAAGUUAUUUUUUAAAAUAUGGAGUUCUGAACUGCAACUUGACUAAGAAGCCCCUGGGUACAACAGGUCCUAUUGUGGCCUUUUCUGAUGUGAGACUUGAACUAGUCGAUUUUUUUGAAGGCUAACCUAACCUCGACUAUUUGUUGUUAUGUGCAAUACUGUUUGUACUGUUUGUAUAAAAAAAAAAGAAAAAUGAAAAGAAAAAAGGCAUAAAUCUUUAUUGCAGAUUUAUUUUCAUUGCAGACUUUAGACAUUGUGAUUCACUAAAAUCAUUUUUCUACUGUCAAAUAUGUACCUUUUCUUCAUGCUGGUAUUUUUUCAAUAGUAAUGUAGCCUUUGUACUGAGACAAAUUUUCAUUGUUAUUUUUAGAAAGAUUUUUUGCUAAGAAAAAAAUUAAACAUAUUUACAUAUUUUUCAUUUUUAUUUCUUAUUUUCUUUAAGGAGUGCUUUCUCAACCAUUAAUAUAGUUGUUUCUGGGAGAGACUUUCAUAUCUGGUCAAUGUCAUUAAUAUUAUUUUGUAUUUUUACUUGGAAUAAAUUAAUUUUAUGAUGCUAAUUCUUUAAAAGUUUAUUUUUUUCAUUUUCAGUUAUUUUUGAAGCUAAAAAUCUUUGUAAUAUUGUUACUAAAGUGUCUAGUUUUUUGAAAUGCAAAGCUUUAUGUAUUAACUUGCUGAUGUGGUUUACAAUAGUGUGGCAAUGAUGAAAAUGGUUGAUAUGUAAAGUGAUUGGAAAAUUGUAACAAAGAAUUGGGCAAUAAAAUGACGGAAUGAAGCAGAAAAAAA